GCUACACCACCCCAAUUGACUGCGGGCGGACCAGCCAGGGCCGCACGCGCUAUCAAGAGCUGGUCAGCCAGCAAGCUUUCUCGCGCCGCUUACCCAAACUCUUGCCCUCCUGCACCUCUCGCCCAGUCGAACGAGGGCUAUGGUGUAUCGCCAGCCACUGCCACCUAUCGUCGCCCACCUCUCCUGGUGCAACAACCAAAAUGAGCGACGGAUGUAUUGCCACCUAGGUAGCCCGGCGAAUCUGGACGGCCGCAAUCAUCCACCCAGCCUUCUUUCGCCGCUUCUGCUUGCCGUCCUGCGCAUUCCAGCGCCGCCUCAAGCCUAGGGACAGCCAUCCCGCGUCCGGCACCUCCCAUUCCAGGAGGAAUUCGACUCGCCCGAACAAUGGUCGGGGCCAGGCAGAUCAGGACGCUGCCUCCAUGGAUUGAAUCGUACAGCCCCAGGCUCGGCGCCGUCCAGUCGGCGGAGCACCUGAGCCCUCUCGAGCCGCAACUCCCGCCCACUUUGGUCCUCCCCCAGCACAACAGUCUUCCCGCCGAACCCAAGCGGCCCGCGCACAGCAGCGGCAGCAGCACCAACAACCGCGGUGCCAGCCGUGCCGGCAGCCAAAAGAAGCCACAGCAGGCCGACGCCCCAGGGCAGCCUGUGGACGGUUAUGCCGACUCGUCGCAGGAGCGCCUUCAACCCCCGCUCAAGAACCGCCGCCCGCGCAACCUGCAGCAAUUCUUCACCGGCAAGGGCCCCAGCCGCUGGGAUCACCUUCGAUCCGCCGACCCCGUCAUCGUUCCCAACAGGGCUCUCGAGUCGCAGCAGUCCUGGCGCGACUUUAUCGCCGCCUCCCACUACGGCGGCAACCACCGCGGCCCUCACGAGCGUUCCGAGGUCGUAGACGAUGCCUUUUUCGACCGUCUACAGCCGGGCCUGAACGACCCUGUGCGCCUGCCCUCGGCUGGCGGGUCCGGCGUCGGCGCCGCGGGCGUUGGGAUCAGCAAGCGGGCUUCGGCUAAGGCUCGCGCCCGCGCCGCCACACCUUUCCUCGAACGCCUCCUGUUGAUUCCCGUCCGCCAUCCGUUAGGCCCUCUUUUCUCCCGCUUGAUCGUGCUCUCGACCUCUAUCGUUGCCCUGGCCCUCUCUGCCACCAUCGUCCAGGAAGCGAGACGGGGCGCCGGGGCUGCAGACGGUGGCAUCGAAGAACGUGGCCAGGCCAUAUUUGCCAUUGCCGUCGACUCGGUAGCCAUCCCUUACAUUGGCUACAUUACUUGGGACGACCAUAUGGGCAAACCCCUGGGUCUGCGACUGGCCAAGGAGCGUGUGAAGCUCAUCCUAAUGGACCUCUUCUUUAUCAUGUUCAAAGCCGCCAGCACGGGCCUAGCGUUCGAGACGCUGAUAUACUCUAGGGUUCAUACCACUUUCGGUCUGUUACGCGCCCUCGCUGCCUUUGAACUAAUCGGGCUAGUUUCGUGGGCAACGACUCUGAUUGCCAACGUUUUCAGAGUCGUGGAGCGCCUCGGUGGCUGAUGAUCACUUUCCCCCCUCCGCCUUUCCCCCCUGUUCGUUCGCCGCUACCUAAUGACCCGCCGGACCCUCACUACUAAUAGCGGUGCAUCGCCCAAGAAUUUGCCCCAGAUACUGGAUACAAACACCAACCAGAUACCCAAAGACACGUGUCUGUGUGCACUGUUAUUCCGUUGCUUUGUCAUGAUUUAUUUUCUUAAUGUUUUCACUCAUUUGGAGGUCCCUUCCGUCGCUUGUGGGCAGCGCGAAAUGUAGGAGUAUGGAUUUCCAUGGUCGAAACGAAAGCCCAUUUGACACCGGGAUAAGGUGUUCUCAAGAAGAAAGAAGUGGACAAACGAAGCUAAGAGUUGGAAGAGUCGGGACGACUCCUUUGACAGGGAACAGUAUCUCUAGGCGAUUGGAUGUCUAGUCGGGAGUAGCUUUAGACACGAGUGGCAACGCUGUUGCAAUCUAGGCGACGUAGCCGCCAGUUACUUGGUAUGAAUACAAGCGCUGCCCCCUUACAGUGUUGCAUCUACAAGUGCGCCAGGCGUGGAAUUCUCAAC